AAAGUGUAGGUUCCUUACAUCGCUAUUAGGCCAUCACCAGCGAUCCACACGUGUUGACAAACUCAAUUGGAAAGGCGUUGUGAAAUUAUCGUGUUUUUAAUUAACAAGGACUAAAUGGAGCAGGACUACGAGGGCGUCAGUCCUCUGGGCGGCGGGGAUAGCAUCAAAAGCGGAGUCGCCAACACCAUGAUUCUCUGCUGCGAGUGUGGCGUGCCCAUCCAAUCGAAUCCGGCCAACAUGUGCGUCACUUGUCUGCGCAACCAUGUCGACAUUACGGAGAACAUACCCAAGCAGGCGGUGCUGCACUUCUGUCGUAACUGCGAACGCUACCUCCAGCCGCCGAACGAAUGGAUCCAGGCCUCCCUCGAGUCCCGCGAACUCCUGGCCGUCUGCCUCAAGAAGCUCAAGGGCCUGAAGGAGGUGAAACUGGUAGAUGCUGGCUUCAUCUGGACAGAGCAGCACUCGAAGCGUAUCAAGGUGAAACUGACAGUUCAUGGCGAGAUCACCGGAGGCACAGUGCUGCAGCAGGUCUUCGUCGUGGAGUUCACAGUUCAGAAUCAGAUGUGCAACGACUGCCAUCGUACCGAGGCCAAGGACUUCUGGCGCUGUCUGGUCCAAGUGCGUCAGCGGGCGGAGAACAAAAAGACAUUUUACUAUCUGGAGCAGCUGAUUCUCAAGCACAAAGCCCACGAGAACACCCUGGGCAUCAAACCGGAGCACGGCGGUCUGGACUUCUUCUACGCCAACGAUAACCAUGCCCGGCGCAUGAUCGACUUCCUACAGACCAUGGUGCCCGGCAAGGUGACCACCUCGAAGCGUCUCAUCUCGCACGACAUCCACAGCAACAACUAUAACUACAAGUACAACUGGUCCUACGAGAUUGCUCCUGUUUCCAAAGACAGCGCUGUCUGCCUGUCCAAGAAGCUCCGCCACCAGUUGGGCAACCUCUCGCCUGUCUGUCUGGUCAACCGUGUCUCCAGCAGCAUCCAUUUGAUCGAUCCCCUGACCGCCCAGAUUGCAGAACUCACUUCCCAGGUUUACUUCAGGGCUCCCUUCGAGGCCAUCUGCAAUCCCAAGCAGCUGGUGGAGUACGUGGUCAUGGACAUUGAUGUCAUCCUGGAGAAGGACCGCAAAACCUACCCCGGCCAGGGCCAAGUAUCUUUCAAGCACGCCCUCUGCGACAUUUGGGUGCUGCGUGCCUCGGAACUGGGCAUCAACGACAACCCCAUUCACACACGCUCCCACCUGGGUCAUCUGCUGAAGGUCGGCGACUCUGUGAUGGGCUACAACACCGGCGAGGCGAACAUCAAUGAUCCCGAGUUCGAGAAGCUAACGCCCGAGCAAGUGCCAGACGUGAUUCUAGUUCGCAAGCACUACGAUCGCCAGACGCGUCUCAGCCAGCGGCUGUGGAAGAUCAAGCAUCUGGCAGCAGAGGCAACGGAUGAGCGCAGCAAGCACGAUUACCACGAGUUCCUCGACGAUCUGGAGGAUCAUGAGGAUCUGCGCGGACAAAUUAACAUCUAUCGCGAUAGCAACAAAACGGCGCCCAUCGACCUGCAAGCUGGCAACAGCGACGUGCCACAGAUCACGCUGGAGGAGAUGAUGGAGGACAUGACGCUGGAGUGCGCCGACGAUGAGAUGGGCGAGGAUGCAGGGGCCGAGGAACCGGAGCCACAGUUGUAGAUUGUCCGUUAAUAUAGCUUCUUUUUUUUAAUCUUUUACCCAUGUAUGAUCUGUACAUAAUUCUAAUAAUUAACCAAGAACACUUCCAUUGGGAGUGGGUGUACCAAAAUCGUA